CCCAUCGCACUCAGUGGACCAACGCAGAGGGAGAAGGAGGUCACCAUCUCCUUGGAGGCUGAGCUCAGGGAACAGAAGAUGUUCGAGUCAGAGGCAGAGGCAAAAGUUCGGUCAGUAGUGCUACGACGAGGUGGCCCUCGUUCGCUCCCUUCCUAACCUACUCACGAACAAAGCAUCCCUCUCCUCUUGCAUUGCUCACACAUAUAGUGAGGUCGUCUUGGGUAAAGUCGAUGCAAUGGUAAAGGACUUUGUCUAUCGAGCAUCCAUCGCGCACGGCAUGUCUGACUCAAUAGCUCGUCAGGCUGGCGGCAAGAUCUUCACCUUUGGAUCCUACCGACUAGGCGUUCAUGGGCCAGGAUCCGACAUCGAUACUCUCUGCGUCGUACCAAAGCACAUUACACGGGAGGACUUUUUCCACAUCUUCCUCGACAUGCUGAGGCAGAGGGAAGAGGCCACCGACGUCGUCCCCGUCUCAGAAGCUUACGUGCCCGUCAUCCAAACCAACUUCAUGGGCAUUUCCAUCGACUUCCUCUUUGCCCGUACCGCACUCCCUCGCGUCGACCAGAGCCUCGACCUAUCCAAUGAUCAAAUGCUCAAGAAUCUCGAUGAGAGGGAUGUGCGCAGCAUGGGCGGAUCCAGGGUCACCGACGAGAUUCUCCGCCUCGUACCUGACGUACACGUCUUUCGUCUGGCCCUGCGCUGUAUCAAGCUCUGGGCUCAGCGUCGAGCCAUCUACUCAAACGUCAUGGGCUUCCUCGGCGGUGUAGCAUGGGCUAUGCUCGUGGCUCGCAUCUGUCAAUUGUAUCCCAACGAGGCAGCAGGCGCCAUUGUCAGCCGUUUCUUUGUCAUCCUCUACCAAUGGCAAUGGCCUCAGCCCGUGCUGCUCAAGCCCAUCGAAGAGGGCCCCUUGGCUGUACGAGUCUGGAACCCCAAGCUCUACCCACAAGAUCGUCUUCAUCGUAUGCCCAUCAUCACACCCGCCUAUCCUUCGAUGUGUGAGCAGGCGCGCUCGUAUGUUCAUGUAUUGAUACGUCGCCCCAGGCUUAGACACCCUCCUCCUCCUCCUCCUCCUCCUCCUCAUGUCGCAGGUUCGACUCACAAUGUGACUGGAUCGACACAGAUGAUCAUGUCGCAGGAAUUCAAGAUUGCGGCAGAGAUCGUCGACAAGAUCAUAGUGGGCAAAACGACUUGGAAAGAACUCUUCAAGAAGCACGACUUUUUCCACAAGUACAAGUACUACCUUCAGAUCGUUGCCUCGUCCGGAUCAGCAGACCUUCAGCUCAAGUGGGAGGGUACGGUGGAGAGCAAGGUUCGUCAGCUCGUCGGCAAGCUCGAGAACGUGCCCACCCUCGUGUGCGCGCAUCCGUUCACGAAGGGUUUCGAGCAGAUCAGCAAGUGUCACAACGAUGACGAGGUGCGAAUGGUGGCCACGGGCGAUAUCCCAGAAGAAGUGGCCGCACGAACCAAGCUCGAGGAUCUGCCCAAGAAGGACGAGGCGGCCAAAGAGCAAGACGCUGUAGUGCAAGCGCAAGACGCUCAACAAGAGGGGCACCGCACCAUCUACACUACGACCUUCUACAUUGGACUCUGCGUUGAGCCGAAGCAGGCCAAUGCGACGGGCCCACGCAAGCUCGAUAUCUCGUACCCGACAAACGAUUUCACGCGCCUCGUCAAGCAGUGGGAGCAAUAUGACGAUUCGUCGAUGGGCAUUGUGGUCCGGCACAUCAAGUGCUCACAGCUGCCUUCUUACGUCUUCGAUGGCGAUGAACGCCCACCGCCCAAGCAGCUGAAGAGGCCAAAGAAGGGGGCUGCUGGGGCAGCAACAGCCGGAGUGGCAGGCGCGGCAGAGGGCACCGGCGCCGGCGCCGGCGUUGGAGACGGCUCGGAAACAACCAAUGCAGUGGUUGAUGUGUCGACGCCGCCGUCGAAGAAGAGGAAGUCGUCACCAUCCUCGUCGUCUGUGGGCAUCGGCGGCGGCGCAGGCGAGAAUGGCGCAGCGGAGACUCAUGGUGUAUAGCCGCCCGCAGCUGGCUCAGCGACUGAAACAUGACCACGGAGCGGGGCCGCGCUACCGUAUGGCUCUGCGCAAUGAGAAGCAGGACCAGGAUCUCGUGUAAGCGUGCCGUGGCGCGGGUCCUUGCAGCUGACGCCGAGUCGCGUGGAUCCGCAGAGCGUUUAUUCUCACCUUUUCUGUCUCUUCUUCCCUAGCAACAAUCAACUGACUCGGCAGCUUUGGCAAUCAGCAGGUCACCUCGAUCUUACGUGGCACUCAUUCUUCUUCCCUUCCCUCUGCAAAUCAUCACUCUCCGCUCCCCCAAUUUUACCCCAUUCGGACUUCUUUCCUUCUCAUCUGUACGUUCUUUGACCCCGCACUUCAGAUAAGCAAUUCCAAAAAGACACGCGUCGUCGCGAAGAAGCGUAGAGAGGCAACCUAGAGAAAGGUAGAGUGAGGAAG